UGUGGUCCUGAUGAAGUAACACUGUGAUCCAGAUGCACGGCGCAGGUAAACGAGCCAAUCACUGUGGCUCCAGCAGGAGGGGGCUGGCAGCUCUGCUCAGCAGCGCACCACAAAGUUGCAGAGCAUCGCCGAAUCCCCGCCUGCUCCGCCUUCACUUGGUAUCUGUCACACCUGCAGCGUGCCUCUCCUCCAGACUACUGCCGUUACUUUACUUCAAGCUUUCCCGUUCAACGAGCGAUCCGCCCUAUCACGGUGUUUCUCGACGCGUUUCAAAGAUGCUGGCUUGUACGGAGAUGAUCACUAUGUGCCUGCAGUCGGCCAAACAGAAGCAUCUUCGGGCUCAGCAGCAUCAGCAGCCGCUGCACAGCGCCGGACAAGGGCUUACUAUCUUUCAUGAUAUUUUCCGCCGAGCAGACAAAAAUGAUGAUGGCAAGCUGACCUUUGAAGAGUUCAAUACCUACUUUGCGGAUGGAAUCCUGACUACUGAGGAGCUACAGGAGCUUUUCUACUCCAUAGAUGGCCGACAAAAUAACAAUCUGGACACUGACAAGUUAUCAGAUUAUUUUUCUCAGCACCUGGGGGAGUAUCUCAGUGUACUUUCAGCUCUGGAGAGCCUGAAUGUUGCCAUUUUAAAGGCAAUGGAUAAAACUAAAGAGGAAUACCAGGGUUCCAGUGUGUUGGGCCAGUUUGUCACAAGGUUUAUGCUAAGAGAGACAUCCAGUCAGCUACUGUCUCUACAGAGGUCCCUGCAGUGUGCCAUGGAGGCUGUGGAGGAGCAAAGCAGCCCUGCCCCGAGAGAGGUAAAGGCACCAGAGCUGACAGCAGUACAGAGGAAUGGCAAGCGGUGUGGUCGCAGGAUCCAUAACAACCUGUGCAUGUCCCCAUCAGAUCCUUGCUCUAGCAUCCUGACCACGGGUGUGUGCAUGGAAGAGGGAGAGAACUGGUGUUCUCAAAUCAACAGGCUGCAGACGCUGCUGGAUAAACUGGAGUGUCAGGGUCCCAAGUUGGAGCCACUGAAAGAGGACACACUGGCCAGCACGUACAAGUCUAACAUCCUUCUUGUUCAGAGGCAGAUGUCAGUGACCGAUGAAGAUUUUGACAACUUCCGGAAAGUUCUGAAGAGCUAUAUCGAUGUCACCGCAGCCCACUCUGACAACCUGCAUGUGUCCGUUCAGAAGCUCCCGGGAAAGUUGAGUUACAUAAUGUAUGAGUUCUGGCAAGACCGCAUCUCCUGGAUGAGCUACCUGCAGUCCAACAGCAGUAAAGACUUUCAGCGCUGUGUCAUUGACAUGUUGGAGGAUGCUGAAGUAGUUUCUACCAUGUUGCUCCCAGCUUCCUGGUGGAUUAUGACUAACAACUAGCAAGUGAAUCCAGAAUGUCACAUCUACUGCCUACACUGUCACACGGACAAAGACACACUGGUGUAUCAACCCGCUCACCCACACAUGUAACAUGCAAACACACACACACACACACACACACACACACACACACACACACAGACACGCACACAGACAAAUUAAAAGGCAUCCAUGUGUUUGAAAGCAACAGGAGACAGAGACAAUGGUGUCAUAGAGCGUUCUCCAGCAGCAUAUUUUAAUGUUCCUCUGUCUACGACAGCUUAUUAUUGUGCCGCUUAUAUCAGAAGGGAUAGUUGCACCCUAUAGCCGAUAUUGACUUGAAAGUGACUGAUUCUCUUCAAUGCAAAAGCCUGUCUCUUACUCGGCCUCCUCGCUCCUGCAGUGUUUGUCUGGUAUUAUGCCAGUGGCGAACAACCAAAAAGAUGCUAGUAUAGGCUACUAGAGCACAUCCAUUUGGGAUGAAAAUUACCAUGCCAGUAGUGUCAUUGUGCUUUUAAUGAGUUGUUUACUGUUUGAAUACAAUUACAGUAAGUAGGAAGAAUCAGCAGAGAGGAUGAAAAGAUGAAGGUUUCUGCAGCCUAAACAUGCAUGCUGAUGACUGUGGCCAAGAGCUUUCAGUAAUAGUUCCUUUAACUCCUGGCUGUACAUGCUGUAUGAUACUGUAGCACUGUUAUUCUUUCAUUAGCUACUGUCAUGUGCACAGAAUACCAAAAAAAGCUAUCGAUAAAAAAGCUACCCCUGCCCUGACAUCUGCAGUAUAUACUAGUGGUCAGUUAUUUAUAUUAGUUACAUCUCCUUUGAGACACACUCUUUGUCUCAAAUGUAAAAGUAUCUAAAAAAGUGUGGAUAUUAAAAGGAAUUAACACUUUCAAUUUAACAGAUUUCAUUGCAUCACUAAGUUAUGACGACAAUAUAUAUUUAAUGUAUUUAUUUUGGUUAUGGUAGAGUAUUCCAUCUGUACAUAUGGAACACAGAUAUAUUCAUAUUUCUGUUGUGUCUUAGUUUCGUAAUGUACCCCACCAAUUGUAAGCAAACUAAAAAGCAACUGUAAUAAAAUCAUUAAAGCUACUAAUUGUUUUGACAGGUGAAAAA